GAUUUGGCGGAGUUACAGCAUAGGGGGCGGGGCCGAAGGUUAUGCAGCUGCGCUCGUUCCAGGGCCCCCUUCCGCGCCAACCUCUCACGUGGGCUGUGGAGGAGGGGGCGGGGCAGCGCAGGAGACGUGAGAGUGCUUCGCUGCGCUGCUUCCAGGCUAUUCCGUGUGGUCAGAGAAGCCAGCUUAGUCGCCCACCGCUGACUGAGCGCACAGUUUUUCUCGUUCUUUCUCGCCCGCCACAAAAUGCUGCGUUUACCAACACUGCUGCGUCAGAUAAGGCCGGUGUCCAGAGCACUGGCCCCACACCUUACAAGAGCCUAUGCAAAAGAGGUUAAAUUUGGAGCAGAUGCUCGAGCUCUAAUGCUGCAGGGGGUGGACCUUCUAGCGGAUGCUGUAGCUGUCACCAUGGGACCAAAGGGGAGAACGGUAAUCAUUGAACAAAGCUGGGGAAGCCCUAAGGUGACAAAAGAUGGUGUGACAGUAGCCAAGGCAAUUGACUUGAAGGACAAAUACAAAAACAUUGGAGCCAAACUAGUUCAAGACGUUGCCAACAAUACCAAUGAAGAGGCGGGAGAUGGUACUACAACUGCAACAGUACUCGCACGUUCAAUUGCCAAGGAAGGAUUUGAAAAGAUCAGUAAAGGAGCAAAUCCAGUAGAGAUCAGGAGAGGGGUGAUGCUAGCUGUAGAUGCUGUAAUUAAUGAACUGAAGAAGUUGUCCAAACCAGUCACAACUCCAGAAGAAAUUGCUCAGGUUGCUACAAUAUCAGCAAAUGGCGAUAAGGAAAUUGGUAAUAUAAUCUCCGAUGCCAUGAAAAAAGUUGGACGAAAGGGUGUUAUCACAGUUAAGGAUGGAAAAACUUUGAAUGAUGAGCUAGAAAUUAUUGAAGGUAUGAAGUUUGAUAGAGGUUACAUCUCCCCCUACUUCAUAAAUACAGCCAAAGGACAGAAGUGUGAGUUCCAAGAUGCUUAUUUGUUAAUCAGUGAAAAGAAAAUUUCCAGUGUUCAGUCCAUAGUACCAGCUCUUGAAAUUGCAAAUAAUCACCGUAAGCCUUUAGUUAUUAUUGCUGAAGAUGUUGAUGGAGAGGCCCUCAGUACCCUUGUAUUAAACAGAUUGAAGGUUGGCCUCCAGGUUGUUGCAGUGAAAGCACCAGGUUUUGGUGACAAUAGAAAAAAUCAGCUUAAAGAUAUGGCAGUUGCUACUGGUGGUGCUGUGUUUGGGGAAGAAGGCUUGACCUUAAACCUAGAAGAUAUUCAGCCUCAUGACUUCGGUAAAGUAGGAGAAGUCAUUGUGACAAAAGAUGAUUGCUUGCUACUUAAAGGAAAAGGUGAUAAAACUCAAAUUGAAAAACGCAUUCAGGAAAUAGUUGAACAAUUGGAAGUUACAACAAGUGAAUAUGAGAAGGAGAAGCUGAAUGAACGCCUGGCAAAACUUUCUGAUGGAGUAGCAGUACUGAAGGUUGGAGGAACAAGUGAUGUUGAGGUGAAUGAGAAGAAAGAUAGAGUCACUGAUGCCCUCAAUGCCACCCGUGCUGCUGUAGAGGAAGGCAUUGUUCUCGGAGGUGGCUGUGCAUUGCUUCGGUGCAUUCCAGCACUAGAUGCUUUGACUGCAGUCAAUGAAGAUCAGAAAACUGGCAUAGAUAUUGUCAAGAGAACACUGAAAAUUCCAGCAAUGACUAUUGCUAAAAAUGCAGGUGUUGAAGGAUCUCUGAUAGUUGAAAAAAUCAUGCAGAGUCCACCUGAUAUUGGCUAUGAUGCCAUGCUUGGUGACUUUGUAAAUAUGGUAGAGAAAGGCAUCAUUGAUCCAACAAAGGUUGUAAGAACAGCCUUGAUGGACGCAGCAGGUGUUGCUUCCCUUCUGUCUACAGCUGAAGCAGUAGUAACUGAAAUUCCCAAAGAGGAGAAGGAAGCUGCCAUGGGUGGAAUGGGCGGUGGAAUGGGAGGUGGCAUGUUCUAAUGCUCUGCUACAUGGAUGUGCAUCAUGGAACUACAGUGAGUGACUUGAGUUUUAAGUAAACAUCAGGUCAGAGCGAGAUAGGAUGGAUAGUGACUGCAGAAGAGCCAGUGUUUGAAGAAUCACUGUAACAUUAGUUACUGGAUUUCAAUUGAGAUACAUAUAAUCGUUUACAGUCAUUGUCCAUGCCUACAGAUAAUUUAUUUUGUACUUUAUGAAUAAAGACAUUUGUACAUUCCUGAUACUGGGUGCAAGUACCAGUGCUGUGCUCUAAACUUUAAAUCAGUUGACGCACUUGCAAUUCUCUUAAAUCAGACUUUUAUUGGUGCUUGCUAUCACUAGGAAAUGCAGAAGCCAUGGUGUGCAAGUCUAAAUAAAAAUUGUGUACAAAGUAGACAAAUAUACAAUUAUGUGACAACUUUAUGUAAUAAAAGAUUGCUCAAAAAUA